AUGGAGGUGACACUUCCCAAGCGCAGGGGGCGUGCCACGCUGCGCGGGGUCACCCGAGGAAACCCCAGCUGGGUCAAGGGCAGGAGGGGAGUGAGGGCCCAGGGCCUGAGUGUGGAGUCCACGGGGGAAGCAGGGAGAGCCCUGGGUGGAGGCCCGCUGACGCUGCAGAGCGUCUGCCCGGUGCCCCCCAUGCAGCAGGUCCUUCCCAAGCCUUGUCAGCCUCGCGCCAGCGGGAUAAGGGGAGGCCUGAGGGACCCCUCUCUGGGGGUCGCAAGGGCCCCUCGAAGAGGCAGACUGCCCCGGAGCCGCUUCACACGCCGGCCCGGCCAGGGCAUCGCACGCGUCCAUCUGAGGGGCGGGGAGAUUGAGACCAGCUACCACCGCCUGCAUCCAACCAGCGCUCGGCCGGCAACACCGGCCACAGUCCCCACAGCGUCCCGAUGCUGCCCUGUGUCCGGCCGACAACAGACGUGUGUCAUGGUGCCGGCUUGCAGUCCGCCGAGGGCCGGAGCUCUGGGGAGGGUCUGCGGGGGCGCUACCCGAGGCGGGGGGUCUCCCCCCGCCCAGCAGGACCCCGCCACCCCCGGCGCUGACCUGCAGGGGAGCCCUGGGCCAGGCACGGUGACGCCACUCAACUCGCUUGGCCUCCCUGCCCAGCUCCCAGCGGGGCUGAGCUCCAGCCUCCCACACGGGCCUGGGCGGGUGGCGAGGCGUCUGGUCCGCAGCCCGCCUGUGGGGCUCCGCCUGUCCCCCACCCCCACCCCGCGUGCGCCCUUGGGUUUCCCCACGGGGGAGGACUCUGCGUGGGGGCCCCCAGGGCCUGCAGGGAACACAGAGCUCUUUGUCUCUGACGGCUGUCUCUCCUUCCCUGCCCCGGGGAGCUGCCCACUCGCCAAGUACAGGAGUCCUGGCGGCCGGGCAGCCCUAUACGCCCCGCGGGAGACGGGCCUGGCCCCGCCGGCACAGUUGUGUGCCCGGCCCAGGGAGUCCCGGUUGCUGGGGGCGGCGCGCAGGUUCAGCAGCCUGGGCUCAGGCGGGAGCCUGGCCCACUCUGGUCCCGUCCUCCAGGUGCUCAGGCCCUGCCCCGGCCCGGGGGCCGGGUCCCAGAGGUCUCCUCCAAGUCCCCGCCCACAGACGGACUCCCACUUCUCCAGUCUCCCAGGAGCACCCAGGGGAGGCCAGAGUGAGUCUGGUCCCUCCCUUGAGGGCAGGCGGGGCCCCCCUUCUGCUCACCCCAGUGGCCGGGCUGGUGCUCAGUAG